CUCAAGGAUGUGGAGGUAUUGGAUCUCUCCAUGAACCAUUUGUCUCAAAACGGCUGGCGCCUUCCCAGCAAUUUAGAUUGUACUCAUAAAUUGUACUUUUCAGUUUUAGUACCCCUGGCGCCUUCUAAACCACCCCAUUCAUCCCCUUACUUGUAGUAAUCUGUGUUGGAAAACCCAGCCAUCCGCUGCAAUUCGAUUGAUUGAUAGAGCAGCGUGAGAAUUGAAGGGAUUGAAUGCAAGGCUAUGCAUCUUCGAAUUCGACCCAUUCGUUUUUCAAGGAUGUAGUCAAUUGGAGAAUCAAGUGAGGUUUUGUGAAUUGCGCUUUGCUGCCUAAGCUAGAAAACAUGGAAUUAAUAUUCAAAGGCAACUAUACAUAAUAUGAGAGCAAGGACUACUUGCUCAGGUUGCUGGGGUGGGAAGGAGAAGAGGAGAGAUUCAAGAUUGUGGUGGACUUUGGGGGAGGGUUUAGGUUUGUUUCCGGAGAGGUGGAUUCGAAAAUUUUGAUCGAGUUUGGGGGAUAGCUUUCAGCCCAGUACUCACUGCCCAUCUUUUCUUCUGCUAUUUCCAAUCAAAACCCGUUUCAGAGAGAGUCGAGCAGACAAGUAAUAUAACAGUGUUUGCAUCUGCUAGGGAUUUCAACAAACAGGAACAGUAGUUAACCGUACUGCUUUGGUUUCUAAUUUUUGGAGCCAGUUCAUUCAGGUGUUGAAACACGGGAACAAUAUACAUUGCUCAACUUUGCAGCUUGCUUCUACCAUUGGGGUAGGAAAAAGAAGAGGAAAGAUUGCUGCUAGAAUUUUGAUCAAGUUUGCGAGAAAGCUUUCAAUAGAAGAAGAGAUUUUGAUUGCAGAUCAUCGGGGUGGGAAGAAGAAGAAGAGAGGUCCAAGAUUUUGGUCGACUUUCGGAGCAAGGUUUGGGUUUGUUUCGGAAGAGGUUGCUGCUAGAAUUUUGAUCGAGUUUGAGAGGAAGCUUUCAAUAGAUAAGGCCUUGUAUUGCCUCCGCCCGUAGCAUCAACUCUUUUCUGCAAUCAGCUAAACAGUUCCACUAUCAAAAAAUCAUCUCCAACAGCAAUGGGGAACCCAGAUACAUGGCGUUGCCAGAAUUGCGGCAAUGUGGGGCUGGAAGAUGGCGAUGAUGGCUUCUUCUAUUGCACCCAGUGCAACUCACAAGCCGAGGACUUCAUGGACACCGGCGUGGCGGAUGAGGACUUCCUCGACCAGACUGGCAACCCAUUUGGAGGCCUCUACUCUGCUCGUCACACCCGUCGCAUUAACAGCUCUGUUGUCAAACCAGAGCCCCUCUCUGAACCCUUAGACGACUUGUCACCUCAUUAUCAGCUGUUUAGUCAAAGCCAAGCCAAAACAAAAGAUCAGGAUCCUGUAGGGCUCGAGGAUUUUUCAUUUGAUGGGACAAAGAAUGAGGACUAUUACGGAUGGAUUAGGCUUAGGUAUGUGAUGGGAUUGCAACGGAUGAUUGAGCUCCAAUGUGAGUCUUUGGUCACGGAGUUAAAGGUAAAUCCCUUGAUAUGUGGUUUGGCUGGGACCAUUUGGCUCCGCUUCUUGGCUGGGACUCAGGUUUUCAAUGAUGAUUGUGCUGACCAGAUCUUUGACUUCAAUGAGUCUGAGAUCCGCCAACAAGGAGAACCACCUGAAAAAUUGAAGAUGCUUUCUAGAAGCCAUGCACAACAUCAUGCAAAGUAUGACCCUCAAGCAGUGAAGGCGUGGUUUAGGUCCUUGAAGAAGAUUAUACCACUAUCUUAUACUCUAGCUGUUUCUUUUCUGGCUUGUCAUCUUGCCAGGGAAGCAGUACUGCCAACCGACAUGGUAAAAUGGUCCCGAGAAGGUAAGCUCCCAUAUUUUGCUGCUUUUCUUCAAAUUGAAAAUGAUCUGAAACAGUUUGGACAGCCUUCACGUGCCUGCCCAAUAAGUUCAAGCUUGAUGUUUAGGCCUUCUGAAUCAGUUCCAGUGCAGAAGCUAGAAUCACUAGCAGCAUCUGUUGCUGGGUCCAUAGGCUUGGACUUACCUCCGGUCAAUUUCUAUGCUAUCGCUUCCCGCUUUCUAGAUAAGUUAUCUCUUCCAGUCGAAAAGAUUCUCCCUCAUGCGUGCCGCAUAUAUGAGUGGUCAAUGCCUCCAGAGUUAUGGUUAUCUACAAAUGAGUUGAGGCUUCCAACUCGUGUUUGUGUGAUGUCAAUACUGAUUGUAGCUGUGAGAAUUCUUUAUAAUAUUCAUGGUUUUGGAGAAUGGGAAAGAAGUUUGUCCAGUCGUCAUGCUUCAUCUUCCACUUCUAACAAUUGUGGAGAUGAGGACCCCAGAUCCAGUUGCGAAAUGAAGGAUGAUGCUGAUAAGGAUUCAGAUGCUCUGCCUCACAGUAAAGAUGAUUCGGAUACAAACUUUGUUAGAAACUUAUCGCGUGCACAUAACUCUAAGUUGGAUACUGCAGAACUUUUGGCCAAUCUUGAAGCAAGAUAUAAUGAAAUUGCUGAUGACUAUGAAUAUUGCAAGGACUUGCCAACAUAUCUCCAGUUCUGCAAGGAUACAGUCUUUGCUAGAUCAGAACCAUCGCGUAAGGAUGCCAAGGAAGAAAAGUUAAUUGAAUCUUUAUGGAACUUCUAUCAAAGUGGAAAGGAUUCUGAUACAGCAGUGGAACAAGUAUUGCAUUGUGGUAGAACUGAUGACCAGAAAAGACCGAGGUAUAAUGAAGAAUGCACUAGUAGUAGUCCAUCUAGAGAAAAGAAGCUUAGGACGCCAUCCUCCGAUGACGAAACUUCUCUCGCAGAUGACCGUAAGAGGGGCCAAAAUGGUGCUCAUUUUGGUCAGAACUCAGAAGUGAAUGACCAAGAGUUAGCUGAGACUUUCAAAGAUGAAGCCAUUAAUAGAAUGAAAUUAGACAUGGAGGAGAAGAGGUUCUGUUAUAUUCCACCAAGGGUGAACCUCAAAAGAUUUGAUUACCUUCACUAUGUGAGGAAGCAGGAUGAAGGUGCCUACACUUACGUUGCACAUGCUGACUACUACAUACUGCUUCGUGCUUGCUCUAGAGUUGCCCAAGUCGAAACUCGGUGUAUGCACAUUGGGGUGUUGAGCUUUGAGAGGAGACUGGCUUGGUUGGAGAAGAGAAUCGACCACUGCUUGCACUUGACCCCUCCUAUUGUAUCAUGUGAUUAUUGUACUGACAUGGUUCCUGAGAACACUACUGAUACAGAAACUAUUGUUGAGGAAUCGAUUGGACUUUCAAAUUUGAAUAUAUGAGUUUAUUUAUUU